AUGCUGAUGGAGUCCGUAUCAUCAUCCGUCGAUGAAAUUAAUGGCAUAGAACUCCCAUUGAGUGCCAAGAGAGCACUCGAUGUCGCUGAAGACGCUAUACAACACUCGGCUCCAAAGAAAGUCAAGAACGACCUGGUCCUCAAUGGUGAAGAAAUGCAAGAUGUCGUCAACAAUUUGCCAGAUGCAAACCAGGUCAAAAAUGAAGCUAAACCCUUGAUAAACAAUUCUUUUGAUCAUCCUAUGCAAGACAAUGUUACUCAAAAAGACGCUCUGCCCUUUGAUAUGAAUCUACGUCGGCCGGCGGAGGCAGCACCUGAAACCGUGACAUUGGUCGUUAAACCGUCUCGAUCCAAGAAACGUGCCGAGAAACAACAAGAAACUACCAUGGAAUGGGAAGCGCCCGAGUCUAAUGUGGAUGACGGAAGGUCUAAAAAGGCACGUAAACCUCCAGUAGACCGAUCUCUACUACCUCCCAGACCGAAAAAGCAGAAAGCUCCUCGCAAACCUCCAGGCAGCCCAAAGGAAAAAGUGCAUCGUCCACCAGCAGAUAUGUCACCUUCAAAACAUAGUAACUUCAGAACCCAAGUGGCUGCUAACGCCAAAGUCAAAAACGAAACUCAAGAAAGUAUUGAACGUCGAAACAGAUACCUAUAUCAACACCGAGAACUCUUUACGCCAUUCUUGAACAAGGAUCGUAAUUUCUUUACUAAAUUGGAUGGAAAAGUCUUGUCUAAAGGUCAUGUUGCUGCCUUCCGUAGUCCACACGAACAACCACCAAACAUUGUGGGUGGUGAGAUGAAGGACUAUCAGCUACAUGGUUUGGGCUUCUUGCUCUGGCUCCAUGAUAAUGGUUUGAAUGGUAUCUUGGGUGAUGAAAUGGGUCUAGGCAAGACAUUACAAACGAUUUCCUUGUUUUCUUAUCUAAAGAACGUUCGAGGUGUCUCUGGACCAUACCUCGUUGUAUGUCCAUUGAGUGUAUUGACUUCUUGGAUGAACGAGCUGAAGCGUUGGGAUCCCACAUUGACAGUCAUUCGUUUCCAUGGUCAACAAGCUGAACAUGUCUUUGUUACUACAUAUGAGCAAAUCGUUGCCGAAUCCAACUACUUCAAGGCUCGAUUCCACUUCCGAUAUGUUGUUAUCGACGAAGGUCACAAGAUAAAGAACGAAGCGUCGUUGAUCUCACAAGCGGUAUCAGAAUUAAGAACUCAGUACAGAUUGUUAUUGACUGGUACUCCAUUGCAGAACAACCUCCACGAAUUGUGGGCUCUUUUGCACUUCUUGUUCCCUGAAGUAUUCACUCCAUCUACUUCGGCAACAUUCGACACUGCUUUUGAUUUGGUCAAGGGCGUUAUUGACAAUGAUGUCUUGGAGAAUGCACGCAAACUUUUGGAACGAUUCAUGAUUCGUCGUCUCAAGUCGCAGGUUGAUUUAGCCAUCCCUCCAAAGGAGGAAAUGACCAUCUUCGUUCCAUUGUCCCCAAUGCAACGCUUUUGGUACAAACGUAUGAUUACGCGUAUGGAUCUGACCACCUUUAAUGAAAUCUUUGGUGGUGGUGAAGCCAGUACUAAUGGCAAUGGUGUCGAAGCCAGUACGAAUGGUAAUGGCGUUGAAGCCAAUAGCAGCACAGAUUCACCUGCUGCAAAUGGAGGAGGGUCUAGCUCUACUCCUAUGCUGGAGGCGUCUACUCCAAGGAUGGAGACGUCGACUCCCAUGAUGGAAGUUUCCACACCCACGUUAGAAGCUGCCGAUACUCCCAUUACCAUGGCAACAGACGAAGCUGCUAGUGAUGCAGCUGGUGAACAACCCGCCGCCGCUGUACCAGCUCCUACUGCGGCGGUCGUUCCUCGCUACGCAUUGGCCCGUAAAAAACGCCCUCGUGGUCGUCCAAAGGCAUCAGACCAGCGAGCUCAUGAAUAUCAAGUUGCUGCUGAUAUGGAAGCCUUGUCUCGUGAAAUGCAAGACGAAUGGCGUGAAUUGCAAAAUCAGGGUAUCGCUACCAAGGAAGGUGGCUCGCAAUGGCAAAAGUUGAUGGGUUUGGUAAUGCAGCUUCGUAAAUGUUGUAAUCAUCCAUAUCUCUUCCCUGACUCGGAACCUGAGCCGACUGUCAGUGGAGAGCAUUUGGUAUCUGCUAGUAGUAAGAUGGUUUUGCUUGACAAGCUGCUUACCAAGUUGAAGGCUGAGGGCAAGCAAGUUCUCAUCUUUUCACAGUUCACAACCAUGUUGGAUAUCCUUGAAGAUUACUUGGGUAUGCGAAAUUACGGAUAUGCUCGUCUUGACGGAUCAAUGUCUCGACCACGACGUAAUCUCGAUAUUGAGCUCUUCCAAAAGAGGCCCAGUCCUUACUUUGCCUUCUUACUCUCUACUCGUGCUGGUGGAUUGGGGAUCAACUUGACAGCUGCUGACACUGUCAUCUUUUAUGAUUCCGACUGGAAUCCUCAGGCUGAUAUUCAAGCUAUGGCUCGUGCUCAUCGUAUUGGUCAAACCAAGAAGGUCACAGUCUAUCGAUUCGUCUGCCAAGACACUGUAGAGGAGCGUAUCUUGUCACGUACCCAAAAAAAACUCUAUUUAUCUGCCAAAGUCACUGAAGAAAUGUCUGAUCAUCAUUCUGGAGAGCCACAAUUCUCAAAGACAGAAUUGUUGGCGAUGAUCAAGUUUGGUGCUAACGCUGUCGCUCGUAUGGGUGCUAGUUACGACGAAUUCCUCAACGAGGAUAUUCAAGUCAUCUUGGACAAGUCGCAGAAUCGUAACAAGGAUGAAGCAACUUCCGAGUCUGCCCUCGACGACUUUGAUAUUACUAUGCCAGAGGUCGACGUACGAGUCUUCGAAGGCCAACGUCAUAACUCAUCCUUCAAAGCCGUCGCUCGUGAAUGGAAGGAUAAUGUCAAACGUGUUCGGGAGGCCCGUACUGUCAUGAUUGAUGGUCAAGCAGUCCUCAAAGAAACUAUAGAUAAUGAUUCAUGGGAAGCAGUCAGGACUAUUACCGGCAGUAGACCUAAAGGGCAGCCAGCUCCUGUCAGCAAUCGAAAGAAGCUUGAUCGAUAUAUUAAUGAAGAGCAAUGCCAUUGCUGUAAAGAUGGUGGAUUGCUAGUCUUGUGCUCUCGUUGUCCUCGUUCGUACCAUCCAGAAUGCAUUGCACUAACUGAAGACCAUGUCAAGAGAAUGUCCAUGUUUACCUGCCCUCAACACAAUUGCAGUACUUGCGGUCGUAAUACUGCAGAUGCCGGUGGUUUGAUUUUCCGCUGUCAAGGUUGCCGUCAUUCCUUCUGCGAGGACGAUUUGCCAGAAGGCGUCGAAUAUGUAGGAAAUACCAUUCCAGAAUUAGCAUCCAAAGGUUAUCAUCAACAAAAGACCGCAUACUGGAUUCGUUGUCCGGAAUGUGUUGAGUAUAUCAAGGAGCAACCCGAAUGUAUGACUGCUGAAGGUGCAUUCAAACUCGGCUAUGGCCUUCAUACUCAAAUGGUCGCCCGUGAACACUCCAGAAAGGGCAAAGGAAAGGUCGGAGGAUCGCAUGCUCCGGCUCCAGUACCUAUAGAAGAUCUACCAGAAGAAGGUGGAGAGCUCGAAGAAGAAGACGAGGAAUAUGAAGAUCCUCCCAGGUUUCCUCAUCUAAGUCAGGAGUUGGAAGCUUUGAGGGCAGAGAUUGAAGAAAUCAUCAAGCAGAAAAGCUUGAGAGAAAUUACAAAAGAAGUCAGCAAACCAGCUACCCGAGCAGAAAAAAUCACCCAGUCUCAGCUACGAGACUUUGUAAAUCAGGGUGUCAUCCCAGCACCUGCGGCUGUCGAAGCUCUCAAAACUUGGUUGACUGCACGAAAAUAG